GCGGGCCGUUUUCUACGCGCGGGCCGCCUUGGUGGGGCGAGGUUUCCGUGACGAACCUCCCGGGGCUGCCCGUGCCAGCUCGGGCCGUCGUGGCGGCUCGAGCUCCUGGAGUUGGCUCGCGCUCCGGGGGUCCCAGGCCCUCGAAGUUAUGCGUCUCCUCCGGGCGAUUGCAGCGGGCGCCGGCUCCUAAAGGGCGUCACACGGGGACUCCGCCGUCCGGGCAACCUCCAUUCAUCUUCCAGCUGCGCCUCCAGCGCCCUCGCCUUCUCACGUCCCCUCCUCGGAUUCAUUUUAUCCUGUCCCCCCUCUGCCGCCCUUUCCUCACUCCUUGGGUGCGGCGGUUCUCCUGGAAGCGCCGGUGUCGGUUAUGAGCCGGACCCUCCUGCUUUGAAUUGCUGCGUGGAGGAAGUCGGUGGUGACCCGCCUGCCCCGGGCAUGGGGGUGAACGCCGUGCACUGGUUCCGAAAGGGGCUCCGGCUCCACGACAACCCCGCCCUGAAGGAGUGCAUCCAGGGCGCAGACACCAUCCGCUGCGUCUACAUCCUCGACCCCUGGUUCGCGGGCUCCUCCAAUGUGGGCAUCAACAGGUGGCGAUUUUUGCUUCAAUGUCUUGAGGAUCUUGAUGCCAAUCUACGAAAAUUAAAUUCUCGUCUAUUUGUGAUUCGUGGACAACCAGCAGAUGUGUUUCCCAGGCUUUUCAAGGAAUGGAACAUUACUAAACUUUCAAUUGAGUAUGAUUCUGAGCCCUUUGGAAAGGAACGAGAUGCAGCUAUAAAGAAACUGGCUACUGAAGCUGGAGUAGAAGUCAUUGUACGAAUUUCACACACAUUAUAUGACCUAGACAAGAUUAUAGAACUCAAUGGUGGACAACCGCCUCUAACUUAUAAAAGAUUUCAGACUCUCAUCAGCAAAAUGGAACCACUGGAAAUACCAGUAGAGACAAUUACUUCAGAAGUGAUAGAAAAGUGCACAACUCCUCUGUCCGAUGACCAUGAUGAGAAAUACGGUGUUCCUUCACUGGAAGAGCUAGGUUUUGAUACAGAUGGCUUAUCCUCUGCAGUGUGGCCAGGUGGAGAAACUGAAGCACUUACACGUUUGGAAAGGCAUUUAGAAAGAAAAGCUUGGGUGGCAAACUUUGAAAGACCUCGAAUGAAUGCAAAUUCCUUACUUGCUAGCCCUACUGGACUCAGUCCUUAUCUCCGAUUUGGCUGUUUGUCAUGUCGACUCUUUUACUUCAAACUAACUGACCUCUACAAAAAGGUAAAGAAGAACAGUUCUCCUCCCCUUUCUCUUUAUGGGCAACUGCUAUGGCGUGAGUUUUUCUAUACAGCAGCAACAAAUAAUCCACGCUUUGAUAAAAUGGAAGGAAACCCCAUCUGUGUUCAGAUUCCUUGGGAUAAGAAUCCUGAGGCUUUAGCCAAAUGGGCAGAAGGCCGGACAGGCUUUCCGUGGAUUGACGCUAUCAUGACACAGCUUCGUCAGGAGGGUUGGAUUCACCAUUUGGCCAGACAUGCGGUUGCUUGCUUCCUCACACGAGGUGACCUAUGGAUAAGCUGGGAAGAAGGAAUGAAGGUAUUUGAAGAAUUACUGCUUGAUGCAGACUGGAGCAUAAAUGCUGGAAGCUGGAUGUGGCUGUCUUGUAGUUCCUUUUUCCAACAGUUUUUUCACUGCUAUUGCCCUGUUGGUUUUGGUAGAAGAACAGAUCCCAAUGGAGACUACAUCAGGCGUUAUUUACCUGUCCUAAGAGGCUUCCCUGCAAAAUAUAUCUAUGAUCCCUGGAAUGCACCAGAAGGUAUUCAGAAGGUAGCCAAAUGUUUGAUUGGAGUUAAUUAUCCCAAACCAAUGGUGAACCAUGCUGAGGCAAGCCGUUUGAAUAUUGAAAGGAUGAAACAGAUCUAUCAGCAGCUCUCACGAUAUAGAGGACUAGGGCUUCUUGCUUCUGUACCUUCUAAUCCUAAUGGGAAUGGAGGUCUCAUGGGGUAUGCACCUGGAGAAAAUAUCCCAGGUUGUAGCAGCAGUGGAAGAAGAAGCUCCAUGGGCACUGGUCUCAGCAGUGGGAAACGUCCUAGUCAGGAAGAGGACACACAGAGUAUUGGUCCUAAAGUCCAGAGACAGAGCACUAAUUAGAUAACAUUCAGGAAGAAUAUGGUUGCAGCUGAAAUUGCUGGGAAAUUCAGUACUUUUCAAUUAAAUUAUUUAAAAAGUUCUUCAUUGAUGGAAAGCAGUUACCUUUUGAAUGCGUUAUUUCUAAUGAUAUUUCUGUGGUUUUUAACUUUUUAAUGAAUUUCACAUAGGGCAAGUGGUAAUUUGUAUAUAAAGAACUUGGUAAAAGAAUUUGCUUAAUGUAAAUAUAAAUAGUCACAAUUAGUAUAGACCCAUCAAUAUAUUUUUGAUAAUCUUUAAUGUAUGGUAAAAGUUUAAGUUGCAAAUUGAUAUUCUGAUAUACAACUCAAAGUUUUGAGAAUCAAUGUGAGAAAACAGGUUUUUAGACUUUCUUAAAAUGCUUUGUUAAAAUUUUAGGGCAAAAUUUUUUUGACAUUAUUGUUUGACUUUGCACUCUUUCAUAAUAAUGUUUUAGAAAAUAUGCAUAAUCAAAAUUAAUAUGUGUAGUCUCUGUUAACACAGAAAAUAUAUGUCUUAAAGCUUCAUGUAUGCCUGUUUUGACCCAAAUUUGUAGAAGAAUCAUGUGUUGUCUCCCUGUCUUUGUUCAUUUACAGCUAAAGUGACUUUGUUAUUAAAGUAUAUGCAAAUAUGGAA